AUGGCUGAGGCUGGUGGUGAUGGCAGCAGCUACAGCAGGCCUCAUCCUGAGUGCAGGUAUUUUGCCCAGGGUUUCUGUUACCGAGGACAGGACUGCCCCUUUGCUCAUGAUAGCCGUUCACUGCUAGUCUGUAAUCUCAAUCUUAAUUCCACCCUGGAGCCUGCUCCCCAUCCUGAUUCUGAACCAGCACUAUUCCCUGACUCCUUCCCCGAUCAGAAUGUCUUUGGACUCCCAAGAACUUCUCGGCCUCCAAACCCAGUGAAUGAGGAGAGUCAGAAUGUGGAAAGUCUUAAAAGACAUCACUACUUAAAUUCAUUUUCAUCCAGUGACAAUACUUCUGCCAUCUAUGGAAUAAAUCAGUUUUCUUAUUUGUUACCUGAAGAGUUUAAAGAUAUCUAUUUGAGAAGCAAACCCUCUGGCCUUCCUCUUUACUCUGAAGCACUAAAGAUGCCAACCACAUACAUGCCUUUGCCAGUGAGAUUCGACUGGAGGGAUAAACAUGUUGUAACAAAAGUAAGAAAUCAACAGAUGUGUGGAGGAUGUUGGGCCUUCAGUGUUGUGGGUAGCAUUGAAUCUGCCUAUGCAAUCAAAGGGGAGUCUUUGGAAGACUUAAGCGUCCAACAGGUCAUUGACUGUUCAUACAACAAUUUUGGCUGCAGUGGUGGUUCUACCGUUAAUGCCUUGAACUGGCUAAAUAAGACACAAGUAAGACUGGUAAAAGAUUCAGAAUACUCUUUCAAAGCCCAAACUGGAUUAUGUCAUUACUUUUCUGGAUCACAUGCUGGUGUUUCAAUUAAAGGUUACUCUUCCUAUGACUUCAGUGGUGAAGAGAAUGAGAUGGCCAGGGUCCUCCUCACCUACGGCCCCCUGGCGGUGAUCGUGGAUGCCGUGAGCUGGCAGGACUACCUGGGAGGCAUCAUCCAGCACCACUGCUCCAGCGGAGAGGCCAAUCACGCAGUCCUCAUAACGGGCUUUGACAGGACAGGAAACACUCCUUACUGGAUAGUACGAAACUCAUGGGGUCCUUCCUGGGGAGUAGAUGGUUAUGCCUUUGUUAAAAUGGGAGCUAAUGUUUGUGGUAUUGCAGAUUUGGUGUCUGCCGUGUUCGUGUGA